CCCAACUCUACCAAGUGACAGGAGCUACCGUGUACCUCCAAUCCCUGUUCCUAGAGGAUCAGCCUAAUAAAGAGUCAGCUGCGAAAAUUCCAGUCCCACCGCUCGACUUUUCCUGUUCUCUUAUAUUUCAGCUUGCAAACCUUCCUUCGUUCUUCCUCUCUCCCGCUCUCCCUCAUUUCCCCUCGACCUUCGUCCUUGCCCCUGUCCCAGGUCAUCCUUCGUGACCGACGCCGAGCACACCACCCUCUAUCCCGAUCCGACUAGACAUCCGACUUCUGGUCGUUUUCAAUCGAUCAUUCACCCGUGAUCCGUUAGGCGACGAGGCCCCUUAAAUCCCUUGGUCAGGGCCCCUUUCAGUGCUCCCCCGAAAUCAGAUAAUGUCUACCGCUGCGGAAGAGUUGGGCAGCGUCCCAAAGCUCGAGAAGAAGCCCGUCAAGUUCAGCAAUUUGCUGCUGGGCGCAGGGUUGAACAUGUUUGAGGUCACUACUUUGGGACAGCCACUGGAAGUGAUCAAGACAACCAUGGCUGCAAACCGGGGCGAUAGCUUCGCUGGCGCUAUGGGUCGGAUAUGGGGUCGUGGCGGGAUCCUCGGUUAUUAUCAAGGUCUCAUUCCGUGGGCCUGGAUUGAGGCCUCGACGAAAGGCGCUGUCCUUCUCUUCGUCGCGUCCGAAGCGGAAUUCCGUGCCAAGGUGCUCGGUGCACCUGACUUCCUUGCUGGUAUUUCUGGAGGUAUGGCUGGUGGUGUCGCCCAGGCUUAUGCUACUAUGGGAUUUUGUACCUGCAUGAAGACGGUCGAAAUCACAAAGCAUAAGAUGGCCGCCCAGGGUGUUAAGCCCCCUAGCACUUUCGCAACGUUUAUGGACAUCUACCGCAAAGAAGGUAUCCGGGGUAUUAACCGUGGAGUCAAUGCUGUUGCUAUCCGCCAGACUACCAACUGGGGAUCCCGAUUCGGUCUGUCACGCUUGGCAGAACAGGCCAUUCGUAAAGUCACCGGCAAGGACGACAGUCAAAAGCUCGGCGCUGUUGAGAAGGUCAUUGCCUCAGGUCUGGGUGGUGGUCUCUCAGCUUGGAACCAGCCCAUCGAAGUGAUCCGGGUUGAGAUGCAAAGCAAGACUGAGGACCCCAACCGCCCCAAGAACCUUACUGUCGGCAAAGCUUUCAAGUACAUCUACGACUCGAACGGUGUCAAGGGUCUGUACCGUGGUGUGACACCCCGUAUUGGCCUGGGUAUCUGGCAGACCGUCUGCAUGGUGGCUCUUGGUGACAUGCUUCGAUCUCACACCUCCCUUGCUCCGAUUCCAUGUGAUAUACCGAGGUGCGAAACAAGGCUAACCUGUGGGUCUCCGUUGCACCGAAUAGGGCCAAAGAGGCAGUCGAAAAACUGACGGGCGACCAAGUCACCGCCAAGCACUAGAGAAGGUUUGAAAUACCCUUCUACUAUGCAGGGGUCUCUGUUGUAAUGCCGUUUGACUUAUGCAGCCUGACUGGUUUCGAGUAAUCCAACAAAUCUGAUCUAUGUUAUAUUAUUUGUACUAGUUUCG